CACCCUGACUUCACCUUGGCCCACCAUGAGGGUUUUCCUGCUUUGUGCCUACAUACUGCUGCUGAUGGUUUCCCAGUUGAGAGCAAUCAGCUUUCCUGAAGAUGAUGAACCUCUUAAUACUGUCGACUAUCACUAUUCAAGGCAAUAUCCGGUUUUUAGAGGACGCCCUUCAGGCAACGAAUCGCAGCACAGGCUGGACUUUCAGCUGAUGCUGAAAAUUCGAGACACACUUUAUAUUGCUGGCAGGGAUCAAGUUUAUACAGUAAACUUAAAUGAAAUGCCCAAAACAGAAGUAAUACCAAGCAAGAAACUGACAUGGCGAUCAAGACAACAGGAUCGAGAAAACUGUGCUAUGAAAGGCAAGCAUAAAGAUGAAUGCCACAACUUUAUCAAAGUAUUUGUUCCAAGAAACGAUGAGAUGGUUUUUGUUUGUGGUACCAAUGCCUUCAAUCCCAUGUGUAGAUACUAUAGGUUGAGUACCUUAGAAUAUGAUGGGGAAGAAAUUAGUGGCCUGGCAAGAUGCCCAUUUGAUGCCAAACAAACCAAUGUUGCCCUCUUUGCUGAUGGGAAGCUGUAUUCUGCCACAGUGGCUGACUUCUUGGCCAGUGAUGCCGUUAUUUAUCGAAGCAUGGGUGAUGGAUCUGCCCUUCGCACAAUAAAAUAUGAUUCCAAAUGGAUAAAAGAACCACACUUUCUUCAUGCCAUAGAAUAUGGAAACUAUGUCUAUUUCUUCUUUCGAGAAAUUGCUGUCGAACAUAAUAAUUUAGGCAAGGCUGUAUAUUCCCGUGUGGCCCGCAUAUGCAAAAAUGACAUGGGUGGAUCCCAGCGGGUCCUGGAGAAACACUGGACUUCAUUUCUGAAGGCUCGGCUGAACUGUUCUGUCCCUGGAGAUUCGUUUUUCUACUUUGAUGUUCUGCAGUCUAUUACAGACAUAAUACAAAUCAGUGGCAUCCCCACUGUGGUCGGGGUGUUUACCACACAGCUCAACAGCAUCCCUGGUUCUGCUGUCUGUGCAUUUAGCAUGGAUGACAUUGAAAAAGUAUUCAAAGGACGGUUUAAGGAACAGAAAACUCCAGAUUCUGUGUGGACAGCAGUUCCCGAAGACAAAGUCCCAAAGCCAAGGCCUGGCUGUUGUGCAAAACACGGCGUUGCUGAAGCUUAUAAAACCUCCAUCGAUUUCCCAGAUGAAACCCUGUCAUUCAUCAAAUCUCAUCCCCUGAUGGACUCUGCCGUUCCACCCAUUGCCGAUGAGCCCUGGUUCACAAAGACUCGGGUCAGGUACAGACUGACAGCCAUCACGGUGGACCAUUCUGCCGGGCCCUACCAGAACUACACAGUCAUCUUUGUUGGCUCUGAAGCUGGCGUGGUACUUAAAGUUCUGGCAAAGACCAGUCCUUUCUCUUUGAAUGACAGCAUAUUACUGGAAGAGAUUGACGCCUAUAACCAUGCAAAGUGCAAUGCUGAGAAUGAGGAAGACAAAAAGGUCAUCUCAUUACAGUUGGAUAAAGAUCACCACACUAUAUAUGUGGCAUUCUCUAGCUGCGUUAUCCGCAUCCCCCUCAGUCGCUGUGAACGUUACGGAUCGUGUAAAAAGUCUUGUAUCGCAUCUCGUGACCCGUAUUGUGGCUGGUUAAGCCAGGGAUCCUGCGGUAGAGUGACCCCAGGGAUGCUGCUGUUAACCGAAGACUUCUUUGCUUUCCAUAACCACAGUGCUGGAGGAUAUGAGCAAGACACAGAAUUUGGCAACACAGCUCAUCUAGGGGACUGCCAUGAAAUUUUGCCUACUUCAACUACACCAGAUUACAAAAUAUUUGGCGGUCCAACAUCUGACAUGGAGGUAUCUUCAUCUUCUGUUACCACAGUGGCAAGUAUUCCAGAAAUCACACCUAAAGUGAUUGAUACCUGGAGACCUAAACUGACAAGCUCUCGGAAAUUUGUAGUUCAAGAUGAUCCAAACACUUCUGAUUUUACUGAUCCUUUAUCGGGUAUCCCAAAGGGUGUACGAUGGGAAGUCCAGUCUGGAGAGUCCAACCAGAUGGUCCACAUGAAUGUCCUCAUCACCUGUGUUUUUGCUGCUUUUGUUCUGGGGGCAUUCAUUGCAGGUGUGGCAGUAUACUGCUAUCGAGACAUGUUUGUUCGGAAAAACAGAAAGAUCCAUAAAGAUGCAGAAUCCGCCCAGUCAUGCACAGACUCCAGUGGAAGUUUUGCCAAACUCAAUGGUCUCUUUGACAGCCCCGUCAAGGAAUACCAACAGAAUAUUGAUUCUCCUAAACUGUAUAGUAACCUGCUGACCAGUCGGAAAGAACUACCACCCAAUGGAGAUACUAAAUCCAUGGUAAUGGACCAUCGAGGGCAACCUCCAGAACUGGCUGCUCUUCCCACUCCUGAGUCUACACCUGUACUUCACCAGAAGACCCUGCAGGCCAUGAAAAGCCACUCAGAAAAGGCCCAUGGCCAUGGGGCUUCAAGGAAAGAAACCCCUCAGUUUUUUCCCUCUAGUCCGCCACCUCACUCCCCGUUAAGUCAUGGGCACAUCCCCAGUGCCAUUGUUCUUCCAAAUGCUACGCAUGACUACAACACGUCUUUCUCAAACUCCAAUGCUCACAAAGCCGAAAAGAAGCUUCAAAACAUCGAUCACCCUCUUACAAAGUCAUCCAGUAAGAGAGAUCACCGGCGUUCUGUCGAUUCCAGAAAUACACUCAAUGAUCUCCUGAAGCAUCUGAAUGACCCAAAUAGUAACCCCAAAGCCAUCAUGGGAGACAUCCAAAUGGCCCACCAGAACUUAAUGCUGGACCCCAUGGGAGCCAUGUCUGAGGUUCCACCUAAAGUUCCUAACCGGGAGGCAUCGCUGUAUUCCCCUCCUUCAACUCUCCCCAGAAAUAGCCCCACCAAGCGAGUGGAUGUCCCCACCACUCCUGGAGUCCCAAUGACUUCUCUGGAAAGACAAAGGGGUUAUCACAAAAAUUCCUCCCAGAGGCACUCAAUAUCUGCUAUGCCUAAAAACUUAAACUCACCAAAUGGUGUUUCGUUAUCCAGACAGCCUAGUAUGAACCGUGGAGGAUAUAUGCCCACCCCCACUGGGGCAAAGGGGGACUAUAUUCAGGGAACACCAGGGAGUGUUCAUCUGCAGCCUUCCCUCUCCAGACAGAGCAGCUACACCAGUAAUGGCACUCUUCCUAGGACGGGACUAAAGAGGACACCGUCCUUAAAACCUGAUGUGCCACCAAAGCCUUCCUUUGUUCCUCAAACCCCAUCUGUCAGACCACUGAACAAAUACACUUACUAGGCCUCAAGUGUGCGAUUCCCAUGUGGCUUUAUCUCGUCCAUGUUGUUGAGAGGAUGAUGUUGUAAGGGUACCUUAAACCAGAGACUCGCUUGUAUUUUAAGAGAAGCAAGUGGCCAAAGAAACUCCUUCUAACUUUGGCAACAUCAGAACUUGCCACAUGUAGCUAUUGCAGCAAGGCUUCUGUGUACUUGCCUGAAAACAGAGGAAGGUGCUGGUCAUUCCAUUUCUUUUGUUUGAAGCUAAAGAGAUGUGUAGCUCCCAGGGGCUACCUUGCCAGUAUAAAGAGCUGAUAACAGUACUCAGACGAAUCUGUGAACAAAUACUUGAAAAUGGGUUCAAUGUAGACUGCCAUUAUGUGUGGUCUUCCCAUUAAAUGUGAACGUUUUAACAUGUAUGCAUUCACCUUGCCUCUUGCACAAAUGUCAAAAUAAGAUGGUAAUGUCUCAAAGAAAUGAACUUGUAGAUUACCAGGCAGUUUGCUAAAAAUUCAAUCUUUGACCCAAGCUGUAGCAUUUCUUUUCAUGUGUGGCAUUUUUUUUCAUGCCACCAACAAACUUGUGCGUGCACAUGCACGUGUGUGUGUGUGUGUGUGUGUGUGUGCAUUCUGUACCCACUAGGAUUUGUUUAGGUUCCCAUUGCAUCUUUUUGUGCUAUGGAGUUGUUUACAUAGAGCAUGACUGAACAAGAGACAAUAACUACUUCCCACAGGAGUCCAUUGGGUUCAGCUUUGAAAGAGAAAUAGAAUCAAGGCUCCUUUGACCUUCAAAAUGAUGAACCUUACUUAUGUGGUACCCAAUGCCAGAAUGUAAGAGUUGCAAGUGAUUUUGUGCUGCUAUUUGUUAAAACUUCUAUUCCAGUCUUGCCAGCUUAAGGAGAUCAAGAUAUUAAGAGGUAUCCUUGAUUUAUUUUCCAGUAUUCAGUAGUAAAAUUUACCUGUCCACUGUGAAUCAAAGCCUGAGUCACUCUAUUUAACCUUGGACACACUAAAAAGGUUUUAUUUUGAUUGUGUUUGUUUUUUUUUCCACAUAGUAAAAUUUCUCCUCCUUUAACUCUUCCUACCCCCCAAGGUAAAAAAAAAAAAAAACAGAAAACAAACAAAAAAAAAAUAGAAGACAAAAGACAUAUGAAAGGAAUUGUAAUUGGCUUAACAGAAACAGUCUGUGAAAACCUAACAGUGGUACAAUCAUGUUGUCCAUGUUGUGUUAUGUGAGAAUUUUCCCCCAAGUCAUGCAGGUAAUGACAAUAUACUGUAAAUACCACAUGUGAGUUUACCUGAAUCUGUGCAUUUUGUGCCUUAUUCAUGAGAAUGAUAGAAGUACUAAAAUCUGUCAAGUGUUUUCAGUAUAGCACAUUAUUUACUGAGUGCCAGUUGUAAAUGUUUUUCAACCAGCACCUGAAAAGACUCUUUUCAAAAAAUCACAGAAACAGUCUAGCAAUUAAUUGUUACAUAAUCCACCCUCAGAGCAGCAUUACAUUCUUUGCCAUGAUAAACAUUCCACUCCUGCUUUCCUAAGGAUGAAACAGUGAUAAUGUGAACUCAAAUGAGGUUUCCUGGGUAAUGUGACACCUGCGGAAACUAUAUAGCGUCAUUUAUACGUAGUUUGGCAGAAACCACUUAUGGUUGAUGAUGUGCAACCCUGCUGACUGUUUCAGUAAUAUGCUGCACACCACACAAUUGUUUAGUGAACCAAAUCUAGAAAGUACCAAGGCAGAGAAAUGCUCCUGAUGUAGUCAGGCAAAUGAGUUCGACUGAUUUCUUGUGAUAAUACUGUUGGUACCUAUUACUUGGAGGACAGGAUGCAGAAGACCGGAUCAUUUUUAUACAGAAUGUGAAAUACUGAUGCAGUUAUUCUUUUUUUUGUUUUAAAGAACAUUGUCUUAUAAAGAACAUGAUUUCCAGUGAUCUCUGGAAGCGCUAUAGCUAAAAUUUCUGAAACACUUCAGCUUUGCAACUAAAAUAUUACAGAUUAAUAAAUUAAACCAACCAAUGAUAAACACUACUCGGUCCACCAACAAUAUGUUUGAAUUCACCUUACCAAUAUUAAUCCCAGCGUGUGUAAAACGGAACAGUAACUCUGUGUGACCCCAGAUAACAUUUUGUAACAUUGUGCUUCCUUGUAGUUUGUAAUGUGAGUUCAAUCAGUAUUUAUGUUGAAAUUUAUAACAUUAAAUCUAGUCUCUAUCCUGUUAAUUUAAUUUUUAAAUGCUUUAUCCAUUUGUGCAAAGGUAAACGCAGAUUGUAUCUUUUUUAAUGGUACGGCAUAAAAAGUAACCCUAAAGUGAAGUGGCUCUAUACUGCUUUAUAGAGUACUUUAACAUGUAUAGAUAUCUUGUAAACUUGUAUUGUGGAUGUGUAAAUAAUAUGUACUUUGGGUUUUUAACACCGCAUGUAAAGUCAAAAUAAAAUAUAUAAAUCAUUA